AUGCUCGGACUCUUUUUCACCGGACAUGUUCACGAACCAUCACUCGAGUCAACUCUAUCAUACCUAGUGCCGAAGUGCCCACGUGGGGAUGCAAAGAAUCUUAUUUCCUCACGGAGAUUGAAAACUUUUAACAAGCGGAACAUCUGGAUAGAUGGCCGAGUGGUUAUGGCGCUAGCUUCAGGUGCUAGUGGGGCAACCCGCAAAACUUAUUCCCUCGUCCAGUUUAGGUCUGCCAAGCGCUCUUCUUUUUGGUACAACCACCCUCCUCCUUUAGCUUAUCUUCCUCCUGUGAUUAAUGUGUCCUCAAAUUACUAUCUCUCCGGGAUUUAA